AUGCAAUUAUCUUCAUCCGAGUGCAUCACCUGGUUUGCUGUAUUCGUUACCGUGGCUGCUGCUAUAGUAACAGUGAACCUUAUAUCAAUCAUUCUUUUUAUAAAAAACCGCAGUCUUCGAACUCGUGCCAUGUACCUAGUUAUAAACCUGACAGUAGCUGAUAUGUUUGUCGGAGGAUUUUCUCACUUUCAUUUAUUUGGACUUCUCUCAUGCCCAAUUUGCGACAUUAUGGAAAAGAACUUAAGCCUGGAACUGGAAGUGAUAACUGACUUUCUCUUCGUCUGGUUUCCUCUGACCUCUCUAACAACCAUUGCAGUGAUUUCAUUGGAUCGGAUGCAUGCAACAAUUCGUCCCUUCAGGCAUCGCCUCAUCAAAAAGUGGGUCUACGGGGUAACAAUUGCUGGUGUCUGGGUUUUAGCUGCAAUGGUAUCAACUGCCUGUUUAAUACUUCGACACUAUGGGGAAGAAUGGUCACAUCAUCUUUACUUAUUAGAAUCAUUCCAUUGUUUGUGUCUAUUUGUUAUCUGUGUUUCUUACUCUUCUAUUGUUGUUAAAUUUUUGUGUGGAGCGCAUCCCCAGCACCAUGGUGCAGCCAACAGACAAAGGAAACUGACCGUAACAUUAUUCAUAAUGACUAUCCUAUCCUUACUGCUGUGGCUACCAUAUGCGGUUUUUCUUUUUCUUUUUUGGCAAUCUAGUAUUAUGAAAUUCCUUUCUGUCCAGGAAUUAGCACGUUUCGAUUUUUCUUUAAUCAUUCUAUAUUUUAUGAACUCGCUUGUUAAUCCAAUCGUUUACACAAUCAGAAUGCCAGAGUUCAGGAAAGCUCUCCUGCUGUUAUUUAAACGUCAACGAAGACAAAAUGCCCGAGAUAUUCCUCUUCGUGCGCUUUAA